AUGUCGAAGCCUCUCGCCCCUCGCGCAAACUGGGAGCGCAUCGGUGAUCGCUUCUACCGCAAGAUGCAGCUGUACGACGAUGUCUUCGACCCGGACCUUGAGCUCGAGAAGUACACGGUGACGGGCGCUCCCUAUAGUGGUGCUGUAGCACUGCGGCGCGACCAGAGCAACAUUUACUCCCUCCGAGGCUCGCAGGCCUUCAAGUCCACCAUCGACAUCUACAGCUGCGCGGGCAAGCUGAUCCGCCAGAUCAACUGGGACAAGGGCAACAUCAAGAGCGUCGGGUGGUCUGAGGACGAGCGGCUGCUGGUGGUGACAGACGAUGGCACGGUGCGCGUGUAUGCCGACCUACAGCACGACUUCACCCCGUUCUCGCUCGGCCACGGUGCGGAAGAGCAUGGAGUGCAGAGCUGCAACUUCUGGUCGACGGGCUUCGUCGCGCUGCUGGGAAACAACAGCGUCGUUGCAGUGACGAGAUACGACGAGCCACGGCCGCAGCUUCUUGCUUCGGCGCCGCCUGGCGACGUUCAUUCCUGGACACUCAUCCCACCUGAAUACACAUCCUCGCGGUCGGUGGAAGUUCUGCUGGCGAUUGGCAAGACCGUGUAUGUCGUGGAUGCCGUCGAGGCAGAGGACCGUGGCCUCGAAGCUGGGCCGUUCAGGCACAUACGAGUCUCGCCCAACGGCAAGUUCAUCGCCCUUUACACAGACGAUGGCAAGGUCUGGGUCAUCAGUGCCGACUUCCAGGAGCGUUUCAGUGAGUAUGACACCAAAGCUAGGACGCCGCCGAAAGACAUGGAGUGGUGUGGCGACAAUGCUGUUGCUAUUGCUUGGGAAGACGAAGUGCACCUCAUUGGUCCUCACGGCGCUGCGUGGAAGCUGCAAGACUACACCGCCUUCGUCCAUCUGCUGCCAGACGUUGACGGCUUGAGGAUCCUCACCAACGAUGUCUGCGAGUUCAUCCAGAAAGUCGAUCCUGACACGACCGAGGAAGUAUUCAAGCUUGGUUCAGAUGCACCGGCUGCUGUUCUUCUGGAUGCCAUCGAGCAGCUUGAGAACAAGUCGCCUAAAGCAGACGACAACAUUCAAUUGAUCAGACAAAAUCUUGACGAAGCUGUCGAUAUUUGUGUCCGUGCUGCUGGCAAGGAAUAUAGCAUACACUGGCAGAAACAGCUCCUCAAGGCUGCUUCCUUUGGCAAAUCGGUACUCGAGCUGUACAACAGCGACGAUUUCGUAGACAUGACCGAAGCGUUGCGAGUGCUCAACGCGAUCCGCUUCUUCGAGGUUGGUCUGCCGCUGUCAUACGAGCAGUACAUCCGCCUCACCCCAGAGAAGCUCAUUCAGCGACUUGUCAACAGGCAAGAGUAUUUGCUCGCACUAAAGGUUUCCGAGUACCUCCAUCUACCUGUUGAUGGAAUAUACGUUCACUGGGCACGACAAAAGGUGCGCAGCUCCAGCACCGACGAGGAGAGUAUCUGUGCAGAGAUCGUGCGAAAGCUCAAUGGCAAGCGCGGCAUAUCCUUCGAAGAAGUAGCGAGAGCAGCAUACGAAGAUGGUCGAGGCGAGCUUGCAACAGAACUGCUUGAACAUGAGCCACGAGCAGGCAAACAGGUCCCUCUACUGCUUAACGUUGGCAAGGAGUCGAUUGCUCUGGACAAGGCAAUCCAGAGCGGCGACACCGACCUCGUGUUCUACGUCUUACUCAACUUGAAGAAGAAGAUCCCGCUGUCCAGCUUCUUCCGAACAAUCAACAGCAGACCAAUGGCUACGGCGAUCGUGGAAGCUUCGGCCAUAGAUCAGGACCAAGAGCUGCUAAAGGACUUCUACUAUCAAGACGAUAGAAGACUAGAUGGCGCAAACUUGCUCAUCUCGGAGGCUCUGGCCGCAAGCGACAUUGGUCCUGCGAACGACAAGCUCAAAAUGGCCGCGAAACUGCUGCGCGAUAGCAAAGAAUUUGCACCUCAAGUCACAGCAAUUGAGGAGUCGCAGAAGCUAUUGCGUUUGCAGGAACACUUUGAGAAGGAGCUGAGCGAUCGCUACUUGGGACUGUCCGUCAAUGAGACCCUUACCAAGCUGAUCAAGACGGGCAACUUGAAACGGUCUCAGAAAGUACAGACCGAGUUCAAGGUCAGCGACAAGACAUACUGGUGGAUCCGACUACGCGCCUUGGUCAGUCGCCGAGACUGGAGAGAACUGGAGGAGACGUCGAAGAAUCGCAAGUCCCCAAUUGGUUGGGAGCCAUUCUUCAACGAGAUACUGGGCGCUGGUAACCCAAAAGUUGCAUCAGUAUUCAUCCCGAAAUGCACUUCACUGACGCCUGCCGAACGGAUCGAGAUGUGGGUCAAGUGCGGUCUGGUCACCAGAGCGGCUGAAGAAGCACUAAAGGCGAAAGAUCGUGCCACGUUGGAGGAGCUCAGAACGAAGGCCAGCGGUAAUGGUAUGCUGGAAAUUGACCGCAUGAUUGCGCAGCUUUCAAAAGGUCGUUGA